AUGUGCUGGUCGUCUUCCCACUCUUACGGGCGCUUUCCCAAUUGGCCCUCGUUGUGCUCUGUCUCACUCUUGCACCAGUCGUGCCGUGUCCAACGUGAUCCAGUCGCGUCCAGUCGUGGUGGUGUUGCAAAACCCUAUCGAUCCAACCAGUGUACGCAGCGCGGGAUCUGUGGUCCUUUCGUAGAUGCGAACCGGGUCAAACGAAGUCGUGUGUGUGGAGUAGCUGCAUUUGAUAAUGACGAUCUUCCCAAGUGGGAAGUGGGAAGAUCUGCACGGGCCGUUGCAACGCGCAUCGGCGUGAACGAUUUUCCCCCACCGAGGCGUGGAGGCAAAGUCCCCGACGACGACACAUGA